CUACCUGCUCCGUCCCUCAAGAUGUCGCACUGCAAGUUCGAGCACCCCCGGCACGGCCACACCGGCUUCCUGCCGCGCAAGCGCGCGGCCCGCCACCGCGGAAAGGUGAAGUCGUGAGUGUUGCGUGGCGACAGUGGCAGAGCAGGGAGAAGGCGGAGAGGAAUGCGGGAGAGGGGCAGGUGGACGAGAGGGAGCUGCGGUAUGUGACGAGCGAGAUGGCGACGCGGCGUGCGCAGAGAGACAGGCCGAUGAAGACGCAGCGGCACCUGCGCCAGCCGCACACACUCGAGCCGCAGAGCCGCAGUGCUGAUGCGCGGCUCGCUGCAGGUUCCCCAAGGACGACGCCAAGAAGCCGGUCCACCUCACGGCCAUGAUGGGCUACAAGGCCGGCAUGACGCACGUCGUGCGCGACCUCGACCGCCCCGGCUCGAAGAUGCACAAGCGUGAGAUCGUCGAGGCCGUCACGGUCAUCGAGGCGCCGCCGAUGGUCGUCGUCGGUGUCGUCGGCUACGUCGAGACGCCGCGCGGCCUGCGCUCGCUCACCACUGUGUGGGCCGAGCACCUGUCCGACGAGGUCAAGCGCCGCUUCUACAAGAACUGGUACCGCAGCAAGAAGAAGGCCUUCACCAAGUACGCGCAGAAGCACUCGGCCAACAACGGCGCGGGCAUCGCGCGCGAGCUCGAGCGCAUCCGCAAGUACUGCACCGUCGUGCGCGUGCUUGCCCACACGCAGAUCCGCAAGACGGGCCUGAAGCAGAAGAAGGCGCACAUGAUGGAGAUCCAGGUCAACGGCGGCAGCGUCGCCGACAAGGUCGACUUCGCCAAGGCGUCGUUCGAGAAGACGUUCGACGCCAAGUCGCUGUUCGAGGAGAACGAGAACGUCGACAUCAUUGCCGUCACGCGGGGUCACGGCUUCGAGGGUGUGACGGCGCGUUGGGGCACAAAGAAGCUGCCGCGCAAGACCCACAAGGGUCUCCGCAAGAUUGCUUGCAUUGGUGCCUGGCACCCGGCCGAGGUCAUGUACACGGUGCCGCGCGCCGGUCAGGACGGUUACCACCACCGCACGGAGCUCAACAAGAAGAUCUACCGCAUCGACACUGGCUCCAACAAGGCUUCCGGCUCCACGUCGUUCGACAUCGGAGACAAGCCGAUCACGCCGAUGGGCGGCUUCCCGCACUACGGUGUCGUCAACGAGGACUUCCUCAUGGUCAAGGGCUCCGUGCCCGGCCCGCGCAAGCGCAUCCUCACCGUGCGCAAGUCGCUCAUGGUCCACACGUCGCGCCGCGACCUCGAGAAGACGUCGCUCAAGUGGAUCAACACGGCCUCGACGUUCGGCCACGGCAUCUACCAGACGGGCGCCGAGCGCCUGCAGGUCGAGGGCCCGCGCAAGGCCAAGCCGGUGUACACGGCAUAAAAAGCGUGUUGUUUCCUCUAUUGUCACGUUCCCCUCACUCUUGCACCCACUCAUGUCGCGCCUCAUCCAUCCCACCACCCCCUGCAAAUCACACUGAUCUGCGCUGUA